ACCCCCAUCUCCCAGUUCCUGGGGGCGCUGUCAGGCCCCCGUGGGUUCCAGCUGCUGUCACUGCCGCAGAGCUUACCCCCCCACUUAUUCUUGCCCCACUUCGCUGGAAACCUGUUUUCUGAUCUCCCUCCCGGGGUUCUAGUUAGCCCCGCUCGGGUGCAUGAAAGAUGACCCUCCCCAGGGGCACUGUGACAAGAAGUGGGGACUAAGCAACCUGACCCAGGAGCUGGCUCCUGCCCUGCCCAUGCCCCAGCCCCCAACCUGGAACCGGGGCGGAGAUCUGUGACGGAGCCCAACAAGUCCCUGUGCCCUUGGGCCACUCCUUUCGAUGACCUGACUCCUGUGCCCAGCAGCCCCCACCGCAAAAGCUUCCUUUGGCAGGUGCGUUGCCAAGCAGAAAUGCCAGGAAACAGGAGUGAUAGAAGCCCUAGAACCCAGGACCCAGUAGGCUUGGGAUCAUCCCGGGACCUGGAGACCACGGGGCGAGGGCUGUCACACGUACCCGGCAGGCUCUGGCCCUGUCUCGGAAAAGCAGAAUGAGGAUAGGAGCCCACUCCGUACUUGGCUGAGAUUUUGCCAGCACUUCUACAGGUUGCUUGUCAGCAGCCAACAGAAGCUCACAAUUGGCCAAUCAAGGGAAUCUGCUGUAGCAGCGGCAGGUGCAGAAAAGGAUUUGAGACUAGUCUCCGGAUAUGUAGCAAGUUUAGCACCAUUAUCACUGCCCCCUAGGUCUUGAACUGCUAAACCUAAGGUCAGUGGUUCAAACUCACCAGCUGCUCUGUGGGAAAAGAAUGAGGCAGUGUGCUCCAGCAAGGGUGCUGUCUUAGAACCCCUAUCUGGGGUCUCUGUGAGUCAGAAUGGCAGUGGGUGGGUUUUUAUACCCUCUUGAGAGCACUUGAGUGUCCCAUACGAUAACGACAACAAGAAUUCAGGGAAUGGAAUUUGGUACAGCCCCCGAGAUGGAAACUGAAGAGAACCAACAUGGAAAUUUCCUUUUCCUGGUUUGUCAGGACUUUUCCUUUCUCAUGAGCGUGUUCUGAUAAGGAGACUUUUCCCAAACUGGGAUUCAAUCCCAGCUGCUCCAAUAGGCCCUGGUAUGUCGCUGGGCUUCUGAAGGGAAAGGGGGAUUUGUUCUUCCUGUGUGUGGACGUAGAGUGCCCACCUCUUCUCUUUGUCAGGGAGAAAUGUGAAAGGACAAUGCUGACAUUGGUCAGUUACCGAUCCUGGCCACCAGGGUUCUUGCAAACACAAUUGGGUGGGCCUCUGCUCAGGAGUGGACCCCCAGAGUGGACCGUGGUUCCGAUUUGCUUUGGAAGCCUUUCUUUUUCACUGGCUCUUGGGGCUGAGGCAUUGUUAAAGAACCACAGCAAUAUGCUGUAGCAAGGCUAGAUGGGACUCUGCCAUUUCAGAGACUUGGUUUUCUACCUUAAGUCAGGGAGGCCCCUAUCUCAACACCUUGAAAGAAGAGCUCAUAAUCUCACCCCGACCCUAUGAACACUCAAGGAGUACAGUUAAGAAAAACGCUUUAAUCUGACCCAGAUCUCUUCUUUGCCAACGAAAGCCCAUUUCUUUGGUUGGAUCCGUAUAUCGGAAACACCUCUCUUUGUAUGUAGUGGUGGCAUUGUUUAUCAGUCUUCUCUAGCUAGGCAAGAGACAAGUGUGUCCGCUGCUUGCCACUUUGCCCCAGCAGCCUCCUUUCCCACCCCUUUCUUCACUCUGUUUCUUCCGCUGCAUCCACCCCGGGUCUCCACCUCCUUCUUUAACACCGAGCAUAGUGUUCUAAUGCGCUCAGACUCAAGCCUGCCGGAGAGGCUCAUGCCUGUGUCUCCAAUCAGUUAGCCUCGCGGCUGCUACUUUUUCCACUUCUCACCCACACGCUUUACAUUCUUAUUUAUUUCCCCCUACACAUAAGCUCCUCACUGACCAAUCAUUUCAGUGGUCUGUUAAGGUGGCUCUGAAGUCUUAUACCCGCCCUCCAAGAUACUCGUCUUUCCACCACAGUUAUUACCAGGUCUCAUGUUUCUACAUCAGGGACAGAUGAUGUGUCUGUUGAGGCGUCACCAUUUGAUUCAGCCUCCUAAGGGAAAUGCAGGCUCUUUACACAUAUAACCCCUUGCUGGGGACGCCGACCUGUUGUCGUCAUAUUCAUCUACACUAAUUGAUGAGAAUGUGAUUUGUGAGAGAAAACCUUACAUGUGAUUACGCCCAUCUUUGUUCUGUGUAGAUCUGUGUGUAUGCCUGCCUGCCUGCCUUGUUUCCAGAUUGGUAACCUUGCUGUAUUUGCAGCAGCUGAAAUGAAAUGGAUAGCUUUCUUCAAUUUCCAGGGUGAUUGUUUAUCUUUCUGAGAUGAACUUCCGCCAGCCUUCAGGGCGUCUCUUUUCUCCCAUGAAGUACCCAAAAGAGGAGUUAGUGACUUUGCUAUGUAAUGCCUGCCAACUCCCGAGUUCCUUCAACAAGCCUGGCAUCAGGCUCACUUGAUGGGAACACACCACACUUUAAAAUUCAUCUUCCACGGAGCUCCUCCUAUCCAGUUUCAUCUUUCAUCCCCGGGGCUAUUCUCCAUAACUCCCUUGAAUGUCAUGCCUUUCCAUUUUCAUGGGCACAGCUGAUAUGACUUUGUUCCAGGUCACAAUUUGGGUUUGCAGCCAAAAUGCUUUCAGAACAGACAGCAGCCCUGGGGGCCGGAUGGGAGUCCAUGAAUGUCCAGCUGGAUGGAGCAGAGCCCGGGGUGGAAAGGAGAAGGCAGGAAGCGGGGCUGUGGAGAACGGCUCCAGGGCCACUAGCACACUUGUGCUGUGAACUUGAAGAGGAGCCACAGUCUCUUCAGGAGAAGGCUCAGGCAGCUCCUUGGGUCCCUGCCAUUCCCCAGGAGGGGAGUCCCGGAGACUGGGAGAUGGCCGCCGCCCUGCUUGCAGCUGGAUCACAGGGCCUGGUAACCAUUAAGGAUGUGUCGCUGUGCUUCUCUCAGGAGGAGUGGCGGAGCCUGGACCCCUCUCAGACAGACUUUUAUGGAGAAUAUGUCAUGCAGGAAAACUGUGGGAUAGUGGUUUCUCUGAGAUUUCCAAUCCCCAAACUGGAUAUACUUUCUCAACCUGAAAGCGGGGAAGAACAAUGGGUCCCUGACCCUCAGGACUUGGAGGACAGGGACAUCCUGAGGGUCACAUAUACAGGAGAUGGCAGUGAGCAGGAAGGGGAUACCCCUGGACUGGAAGCAGAACCUCCCAGAAUGUUAUCCAGUGUGUCUGAAGAGACCGUUCUCUGGAAUCCUGAACGGGCCGAGAGCUGGGAUUCCACGCCCCGGAGCUCCCGAGGAAUGCUGCUGGGCCCACCUUUUCUUCAGGAGGAUAGUUUCUCCAACCUUCUGUGUAACACAGAGAUGGAUUCCCUUCUAAGGCCCCACACAUGCCCACAAUGUGGGAAACAGUUUGUGUGGGGCUCCCACCUCGCCAGGCAUCAGCAGACCCACACCGGGGAAAGGCCCUACAGCUGCCUCAAGUGCGAGAAGAGCUUCGGCCGAAGACAUCACCUGAUCCGGCACCAGAAAACCCACCUGCAUGACAAGCCCUGCAGGUGCUCUGAGUGUGGAAAGAAUUUCCGAUGCAGCUCGCAUCUGGCCAGCCACCAGAGAGUGCAUUUGGAAGGCAAAUCCUGCAGCGCGCACGAGGCUGGGGAGAGCCCCAGUACCAGAAAACGGCAACGCACCCCGCCGGUGCCCAAGUGCCACAUGUGCACUGAGUGUGGGAAGACCUUUGGCCGCAGGCACCACCUGGUGAGACACUGGUUGACCCACACUGGUGAGAAGCCCUUCCAGUGCCCUCACUGUGAGAAGAGUUUUGGCCGCAAACAUCACCUGGACAGGCACCUGCUGACCCACCAAGGACAAACCCCCCGGAGCAGCUGGGACAGAGGGACCCCUGUCUUUUGAAAUCUAUUUCUCUGCAGCUGUGGUCUAAUCCAUCAGCCGGUGCUACCAGGAACCUCUACCAGGGCCACCCCUUGCCUGUACCCCGUGGCGGGACCCCUGAGCCCCAGCCCUCUCUCUGGAAAAAUGAGGUUCCAAUAUUGGGCAGCGUAUUUCUCACCAGUUCUGUGAGGCACUACCCCAAAAAUAGGGUUCUUUGGUCAAAAGCGUUUGGGAAACAGUAUAUACGACCUAGGCUGACACUUAGCCUGAGUCUGUUUUCAAGGGGGCGGCACUAGCAGCCAUUUGUAGCUGAGGUUCAUUUUGAUUGGUUGGAGCCUUUGUUCAGUAUCACUCUGGGUAUGAUGACGGUUAGAUUUGCUCUCCCUGCCACACCACAUGCACAUAGAUUAGCACAAUAUGCAUACUAACAUCCUAAAGGCUAUGAAAAUGUUAUAAUAGUGCAAACCAGUAAGCCUCUCCUAAUGCAGUGUUUCCUAAAUGUCUUUGACCUCAGAACUCAAUUUCACGUCCGAUAGAACCGGUAACCCCAAAUGAUACUCGCUAGUGAACACCGGGUGAGAGAGUGAUGAGGAAAUAGGCACAAAAAGAGACAGUGAGCAGGUGUCCAGAGCCCCACUUUGCUUCUCCAAAUGAAAGCCGGGGGCCAGACCUCAUGGCUGUGUGGGUCAGUGGGUCAGUCACCGUUACUCCUGUCACCCAUACAGCCCUCCACACUUCACACGAUCACCUGCUGAAAAACAGGGAAACCUCUCCACCCCGGUCCACUCCAUCUGCACACACAUAUCUCUCCAGCUGAGAGAUCACACUGCAGUGGGAAGAGAUGACACUUCCACACCCAGGUGACCCAGGCCCACACAGAAGAAAUACCAAUUUUAUCCCCUUGAACAGACCCCCCUACCCCUCUGUGUUUUUGUGUCUGUGUAUACCAGUGUGCAGGGUAUUCGAAGAGAGCAUGCUAAGUGCAAACUGUACAAGCUAGAUUUUCUGGGGGCUGUGUUUUGGGGCUGAGGGGAGUGUGGGGUUUUCCGUUUGUUCUGUUUCAAGAUAGGAAGUCCUCUGCUUGUCUAAGGGAGCCCGAGCGGAAAGGGCUAAGUAAUGGAUUAAGUUGCCCACCAUCAUGGAGAUCCAUCAAGACCUAACUGUGGUUUCCUGGGUCUGCUCUGAGUCUCUGGGCCACAGAGGUUUGGGGCUGAGAGGAGAGAGGGUCUCAGUGAAGUGAGCUGUGUCUUGUUGAUGUCCAGCAGGCUUUGUGCUGAGUGGGCUGUUGCGGGUUCAGUGCUAGGCAGGUAGGGCAGGGAUGAUGGUGCUUGCAAGUUGCUGUCAU